GGAGGAUUGCUUUUAUCUUCGUGUUUUAUUUUGAAAAACCCACAACGCGGAAGUUAUCUUCGACGCUCCAGAAACACUUUGAUCGAAAGUUGUCAAUCAAACGGGCAGGAAACCCGCUCGACAGUCAGAAGCGGGUCGUUUUUUCUUCUUCUAAUUGUUAUGUGUCUGUGGUGUGAGGGGAGUCACUGUGGCGCGUGUGAAGCAGCGUAUGCUGGUGUUUAAUCGAGCAGAUCUUUGUCCGGCAGGAAGCGGCCGAGUCUGAGCUAACCCGUUUUAGAUUUCACCGCUUCACAACACUCCUGUUCACCGCUCUUAUUUGGAAAAUGAGAACGACGUUAUUCCUGCUGCAUGCCAUCUCGUGCACCUUGUUGGUCGGUGCCACUCUUUCAAAAACGGAUUCAAAGAAGUCGCACAAAGCUGAUGCAGAGACCUCUCUGGCUGAGCUGUCCGUGUUGGAGAGAGGCCUCGUUGUGUCACACCCGUCCUGGAAAGACAUCGUGAAAGAGGAAAAGAGAUACUGGGCUCAGAUCAAGAGAACCUUUCAAGGACCGGUGCUUGGAUACGUCACCCCUUGGAAUUCCCACGGUUACGAUGUUCCCAAGAUGUUUGGUCCUAAACUAACUUCGCUGUGUCCAGUUUGGCUUCAGCUGCGCCGGCGGGGACCUGAAACAUUCGACGUUACAGGUCUCCACGAUCACGAUCCAGGCUGGGUCAAAGCCGUACGCAAGUCUAACAAAAAAGUCCGGCUGGUCCCUCGCCUGUUAUUUGACGGCUGGUCUUACCAGGACUACGUGAGUGUUCUGGGGAGUGAAGAUGAGAUCGAAGAGCUGGGCAGUGAGCUGGUGGAUGUGGCGAAGACGGAAGGUUUCGACGGUUUCACGUUGGAGUUGUGGAGCCAGCUGGGAGGUAACAAAAGAAAGGAGCUGGUCCACUUGGUGAAACACGUAUGCGAAACUUUGAAGGCGAAAAGAUUAGACUGCGUUCUUGUCAUCCCGCCGGCCGUGACGAGUGAGGGGCAGCCGGGUAUGUUUGGCAUGGAGGAGUUUGAGCAGCUGGCCCCUGUAGUGGAUGGAUUCAGCCUCAUGACAUACGACUACUCGAGUGGUGCCAGGCCGGGCCCCAGCUCCCCUCUGCCCUGGGUGAGGGACUGCGUCCUGCAACUCGCUCCCGACAUCCGGUGGAGGAAAAAGAUUCUGCUUGGACUCAAUCUGUAUGGCCUUGAUUUCGCAAGUCAGGCAGCAGAGCCAAUCCUGGGAGGAAGGUACAUUGAGAUUUUGCGAGAACACCGGCCAAAACUUCUCUGGGACGAAUAUUCUGCAGAGCAUUAUUUCACCUACAAGAGGAGCAAUGCAGUAAAGCAUGUGGUGUACUAUCCAUCAUUGAAGUCGAUCUACAUGAGGAUCUCUUUAGCCGCUGAACUGGGAACAGGAAUUUCCUUAUGGGAACUAGGACAAGGACUGGACUAUUUCUAUGAUCUCCUAUGAGAGUUGGACUUGAUAAUGAAGGAUUUGGACCAGCAGCACAUGGAUUUGACAAGAUUGAGCACCCAAAAAUUCCGGAGCCUAAUGCCGACAUCAUUUUUCUGUAUUUGUAAGUUUGGCUUACAUGAACUGUGAAACGACCCGCAGGACUUAGUUAAUACUCAACCUGUUUGAGGGUCAUUGAAAGUGUUGAGAAAUCUUCUCUGCAUGAACCAAUGAUUAAUGUUGACUCAAACGAUACGAGCAGCGGACACAAGGUACUUCAGCAUGUUUUAUUCCUUAUCAUUGGUGGUAUUUUUUUAGUCAGUUUAGUGCAGUGAGUCGUCCCUUUAACAACAGCGGGUGCAUGACCAUCAACAUGUAGAACGUUUAAAUGAAAGGUUAUAUUCUUCUCUUUUCAGUCCAACGCUUCUGCUGUUUUGUUCUCCACUUCGCACAUUUCUGCUCCCCGAAGCAGCUUUGCUUGCUGUGGAGGUGCAUCCUUCACUGCUUUUUCUCUCGUAUUUGUGAAUCAUGACAUUUGAUUGUGUAGCCUUUUCUUGUUUAUAACAGCAUUGAGAAAUGAGAGUUGCCAAACAUCUGUUCUGACUCGGCUUCUUCCAAUAUGUGUCUGAGAUAAAUGUUUGUUCAAUUACAGGACUAUAAAUGUGGAACAAGCAGUUCAA